AUGGAAUCUUCGGUCGCCCAUCGUCCUUGGGAGGACUCCAAGCCCGGUCCUCAGACCACUUCGGGCACAACGGCCCAGACUCUACCUUCGAUUUCGACCCUCACCGCCAGCAUGGGCGGUGUGAGCAUUCCUCCGUCGGAGAAGUCGCCUGCGAGUUCAUCUCUGAACACGCUCGAGCGGGACUCGGGCAAUUGGUCGAUCCCUCAGAGUACAAGUGUGUCUCCCGUACGGCCAUCUGUCUUCGCCUAUACUGACCCGACAGGAUCGUCGACGUACUCGAACACAACUAAUGGAACGGGCAACUACAAUUCUUUGUCAUUCAUUACGUCCUCGCAAGCCUCCCCGAACCGCCAGUCUGGUGUAUCCUUAUCUGACCGGUCGCCCUUCACCAACGACCAAUCCAAUACCCCUUCUUCAGCUGGCGCUCAACCGUCUCCUGGUUUUGCGACCACGCAGCCCCCCUCGACCCUUCCCUCGAUAAACCAGAACUUCGAAGCUGCCUCCCAGCGAGGCAGCAUCGUUGAACCGCCCGAGUCUCGCCGCAGCAGCGUAGACAGCCGCAUGAACCAAGGCAUAAGCUCCUUGGCCAUCAAUCCUACUUCCCCUUAUCAUAGCGCCAACGCAUCACAGUCCUCGAUUGUUUCCGGACUGCAGAGGGAACGCGGAAUCUCAUCAGAUUACAAUCAAUCAAACACGUACAGAGGGCCUCGCUAUUCUGGCCAGCCGCUUUCUCCGCUCGGCCACCGGUCGGGCGAGCAUCGCCCCUUUGCCGCCGGUCGCACGGCCCCUGCCAUCUCGUCGAAUCCUCGUUCGGAGAUUUACAAUGCGGAGGCCCCAACGGCAGGUCUGGCAUACGCCUUCCCUGACCCUGAUGUCGCUCGAUCCAAUGCAGCUUCGGCCUCGAACGAGAAGAACAAUCAGUCGUCGGGUCCGUUUUCCCGUAAGGGGAGCGUUGCGGAAUCCAUCAAUAGCAGCGUCUUCUCAACGGAUUCGCGUCUCCCUCGGGGACAGCAUGAACUGCCCCAGAGUGUACACCACCAUUCCCUACAACACAAACAAGUGCGCGGUUUGAUGGGAGAAUCGGAGUCGUCGUCCCAGUCCCAUACCACCAGUUCUACUCCCUACAGCAGGACUCCAGAGCUGCGGAUCACGCAUAAACUGGCGGAGCGAAAGCGUCGCAGUGAAAUGAAGGACUGCUUCGAAAUGUUGCGGAUGCGGCUUCCCCAGAGUCAGAAUAACAAGUCCAGUAAAUGGGAAACGCUAACGAGAGCAAUCGACUACAUCGGCCAACUGGAGAAGACGCUCAACCAACUCCGCCGAGACAAUUCUGUCUUGCGCACUGAGGUGGAGGAACUCCGGGCUCAGCUCAGUCAGCAGCAGCAGCAACAACAACAACAACAACAACAGGCGAACGGGCAGGCUCGACCACAACCCAUCUUCGAUGCUCACUCAAUGGCGGGACAACCGGCGCAGGCCAACGGGCAGUCCCAAGCCCCCGUAUACCCCAGUUAUGCGGCACAAUCAACCAUGCCCCAGGACCAGGCUCGCACAUUGCCGCCUCUCGUCAAUGGCUCAGUGGCCCCCAUGCAAGGGGUGCAGUAUACCGAAGAACGGCGGUAG